GAACAACAUGCUGAUAUGAGUAAAACCAUUGCCUCUGAAAUAAUUCAAAAAUAUGAGCCCAUUGAAGAAGCAAAAAAAACCCAUCAGAUGACAAUUGAAGGAUUUAUAAGAUACAUGAACUCAGAUGACUGCUUGCUAUUUAAAAAGGGUUGCGCACAUGUUUAUCAUGAUAUGACUCAUCCUUUAAGUGAUUACUUUAUUUCAACUUCUCAUAACACCUACCUGAUUUCUGGGCAGUUAAUAGGGCCAAGUGACCUUUGGGGCUAUGCAAGUGCCCUCGUGAAGGGAUGUCGUUGUUUAGAAAUUGACUGCUGGAAUGGAUCACAAAAUGAACCUGUUGUAUAUCAUGGGCAUACAUUAACAAGCAAGAUUCUGUUUAAAACUGUCAUCCAGGUGAUCAACAAGUAUGCAUUUAUGGCAUCUGACUACCCAGUGGUGCUCUCUCUAGAAAAUCACUGCUCCCCUCAGCAACAAGAAAUAAUAGCAAAUAAUCUGCAAAGUAUUCUUGGGGAUACACUUCUUUCUGAUGUGCUUGAAAAAUUUCCAAAUGAAUUACCUUCACCUGAGGCACUGAAGUUCAAAAUACUAGUAAAAAAUAAGAAAAUUGGAACAAUAGAGGAGACAGUUGAAAGAAUAGGCAGUGACAAACAUGGUCAGAUAGUAGAAUAUGAAGAAGAUGAAGAAGAUGAGGAUGAUGAAGAUGAUUCAAAAGAACAUAUUAAUUCACCUAUUGUUAAAGAGAGCAAAGAAAAAGAGACCAGGAAGGUAAAAAUAGCAUUGGAGCUGUCAGAUCUUGUCAUUUACACCAAAGCCGAGAGGUUCAAAGGCUUCCAUCAUGCUCAACUUUACCAGAAAUUCAAUGAGAAUAAUUCUAUUGGGGAGUUACUUGCAAGAAAACUUUCAAAACAGAAAGCUCGUGAAUUUAUCUCACAUACCAACAGCUUCAUUACAAGAAUAUAUCCAAAAGCAACCAGAACGGACUCUUCUAAUUACAUUCCUCAAGAAUUUUGGAAUGUAGGAUGUCAGAUGGUGGCCUUAAAUUUCCAAACUCCUGGAUUACCAAUGGAUCUGCAAAAUGGGAAAUUUCUAGAUAAUGGUGGCUGUGGAUAUCUUUUAAAACCAGAAAUACUGAGAAAUCCUAAAUUAAACUUCUCUCCAAAUGAAUUUAAAGAAUAUAAUCCAACUACACUUUCAAUAAGGCUCAUAAGUGGUUUCCAGUUGCCUCUUGCUUAUAGGAAUGACCCACUAGUGCUGAUAGAAAUAUAUGGCAUUCCAGAUGACCAAACAAAACAACAGACUCAUGCAGUUAGAAGAAAUGCUUUUAGUCCACGAUGGAAUGAAACUUUCACAUUUACCAUCCAUGCCCCAGAAAUGGCACUAGUACGCUUUGUUGCUGAAACUCAGUCUACUAUAGGUUCAAAUGAAUUCCUUGGACAGUAUACAUUACCACUGCUAUGCAUGGAUAAAGGUUAUCGCACCAUUCCUCUGUUUUCCAAAACAGGUGAUAAUCUUGACCCCGCUUCACUAUUUGUUUAUGUGUGGUACCAUGAAUAGCAUUUACAAUAUUCUACAUGCUGUGCAUCUCAAUAAAGCAACCAAAAUGAAUGUCCAUAUCCUUAUUAUUGAUAUGUAAUUAAUUUUUCCAUAUUUUGAUCAAUUAUUCAACAGUAGCCAAUAAGUUGGCCUGAGAAUCAGGAAUAUAUGAGAUAGCAUCUCUCUGACACAGAUUGUCUGUGUUACACUAGGUAAGUUAGUUAGCAUAUUAGCUCCCCAUGUAAUUAUCUAUGUUCAGAAGUUUCAGAAUAGUUGCUGAACUGCAUUAAUAGAGAGAGUUUCCUCACUAGAGUUCCCAUCAUUAGUAAAAUAAUAAAUCUGGACUAAAAGAGAAAGAAAAGAAAAAAGAAAUUAAAUGGUUGUAAAAUAUUUACCAGUAUAAAUAGAGUGAUGAAUUUGAAAACUUCUGACUUUUAUAUAUUUAGUUGUUGAAAUUACAUUGUUAGAUUCUUUGUGCCCUAUUCUCUAGAGUUUAAUUAGCCACUACAUUUCCAACAUAAAUAUGAAGCAGAUUUGCUUCUUUAAUUCAAAUUAUACAGACAUUUUGUGAAGAUCUAUUAAAUUGAUUUUUCAUUAUAAUCUUGUACAGUU